CGCGUCGGGGACAGUUCAUGCACCACGAGAGCUCGGUACGCAAAGUAUAAAGUUGACCGGGUUUGCUAAUGAAACACGGAGAGCGCGUCGCAAACAAUGCACAUUUCAGCCAUAACUAGAGGAAAUUUCGCGGUUAUCAAAAUUUAGCCUAACAAAACUCUGUUCCUACCGCCCUUGGUUGACUGAACAAUCACGCAAUACACGUGUGAUGCGUGACAUUCAACCAAAGGCCCCGAAUAACCUCUAACAAACAAUCAUGCGAAAUAACAAUCACAAUAAAUAUAACAUCUUUCCACAGUACUUGCAUAUUCUUUCUUAUUACAUUGAUUCUUAUUACAUCACUAAUUUCUGUUCAGAUAAUUAGAUAUCCCAAACUUGAACCGAGAACAAUGCCAAGUCACACCCGACUUCACACUAAAACACACAACCGAGGCCGUAUCCCUAGGCGACCACAGUCACUUACCGCACACUUCGAUAAAACGCAAAGAUGAGCCACAAUUAUCGGCUUUAAACUAACACUAACCGUGGGUUUAACUCGUCACAGUUAAGGAAAGGUGCUGCAAUGGACCUUAUCGACUUAAUCGGUGACUCCAGAACGGAUAGUUUGCCGCCUGGCUUUCUCAAAUCCAUCAAGAUCAAAUAUAAACAAGAAGCAUCACAUGUGUUCCCCCCGGGUUCAUCAGCCGCUAAAAUGGCAGGGCGACAGGGCACCGCCGAGCGAGUAGACUCGGCAGCUAGCUUCAAAUCGACUCCGAGUUUCAUGAGUUGGAAAGUGCCUGACAGGCUUGUCAAAGGAGGUGUGAUGGAGGAACAAGAAAGGAAAGCCAAGAUUGACCAAGAAAGAGACAGUUUACAUUCCAGAAUGUCAGCUCUUAGUAUUAAGUCAUCUGCAAGUGCAAUGAGCAAGCCGGGACAAUUGCCUCGUUUAGGCUCAGUGGCCUCUUCAAGAAGAUCAGCCAAGUUGCAGUUCAAACCAGCAUCUCCCCAAAAGCUGGCUAUGGUGUCAAAGGAUGAGACUGUACCAGCCCUGGGUGGCAUGCUCGGUGGACUAUCACGGCAAGGAAAGAGGGUCAUUACGAAGAUCCUGAAUGAAAAGAAUAAGGAGCCACAGGGAGGCCUUGUUCAACACACUAUAAGCCCAAAGUCCAUGGAGGCUGUGGAUAAAUGGCUUGUGACUGCCACUGAUAAAGAGCGAGAAAUAGCUCUCAAGUUUUUCUCCACACUAGCUGGCACCAAGUCCCUCUACCUGCAAGCACCUCAGACCAAGUACCACACCCAUACAGAGGGUGACUGCAAAUACUGUGAUGGCGACCGUAUUGAGGAGACCCUUGAAAAUCUGGCCAGGCGAGACCAGAUGGUAUCCAGAGGCAAACAGCUCUAUAAUUCCAAGAGGGGACCUGACCUUGCUAAGCACUCCCAGUACCAACAAGCACUGCGCAAGAGACUUCCUACCAGACUGCGGCAACAACACCAGACAUGGCACCAUCUGCCGAUCUACCACUAUACUAACGGUGUUCCAAACAAAAGCUCCAUGUUCACCCAGCCGCACAAGCCUCUAGGCAGACAUUUUAGUAUUCACCCUGAGUGGGGUCUACACACUGGUAGUAAGCCACAGGUUUACUGAGCAGAAUGAGUGAAGUUUGACCUUUUGAUUGUCGCACACAGAGUGUAAUACAAAGCUAAUGGCAUUUUUACACUUAGUCACAUUCAGGGCCACAAAAAUUUCUCUUUCUCAACAUCAUUUAGGUACGUAGUAGAUUAUACUGCACUAUCAGUGGUUGAGAAACAAAGGGUGGAAUCUUAAAAUUAGUCCAGGCAGGAACAAAGAAAUAUAACACCUUUUAAAACGACAAAAAAAAACUACUAGGACCAUGGCAUGGAUCCCCAAAAUGUGGAAAAUUUCAGGUUUUUAAAUUUACUGUCCCAAUGAAGCUAUGAUGCUGUUGUCUUCUUCUUUUGAAGGUAGAUCAGUUAAUCUCCUUUAGCAAGGUUAACCAGUUUAGUUUCUAGAUAUCUUUUUAAUCUCUAGUUGUUUAUUUGAUCUUUAUAAGAUACUGUUUUAAUAUAAUGAUCAUGUUAUAAGGAUGACAAUAGUCUACGGAAAAUGCUAUUUAUUUGAUACUGUAAUUUGCUGUGAUGACUCACAUGAAAACGUACCUUAGAGAUUUAGUUAUUUGGCCAAAUCCGCACCUGUUUCAGAGUAUGCCCCCACCCAUCUCACAGAAUGUGAGUUGCGCCUCAGUAACAGAAAGCUCCCACUAGUUUGUGGAAUGCAUGCACCUCUACAUGACGGAAAAACCUGGAAAACGCGCAAUUCCAGAUAGAGAGAGAAGACACAAAUACUUACAAUAGCUAUAGGUUACUUGUUCUACGGAAUGAUUUUCAAAACACAAAUAACGUGAGGCUAAAGUGCACAUAACCAGAUUUUGGCAUUUUAAGAUAAUUUUUCCUUGAUCAUCAUUGCCCUGUGCAUCAGUUCAGGGACGAAAAGCUCAAAUUUCAAUCACACAAUCUAAAAAAAGUCUGUUUUCUGUCAUGUCAUGCACCACAAGAACGGAAAGUUUGUGCCCGCAUUGGGGGGAAUUCCAACCUCUUUGGUGGUAUGUUUUCGUGCGAGUCACCACAUAUUAGUGCUGCAUGCACAAACUUUAAUGGAAUUGUGCAAACAAUGAUUUACAUAAAGCCCUAUACAGAAAACA